AUGGCCUACUGUUCGGCCAUCUCGUCGGACUGGGCGACGGUGAACCCCGCCUCCGUUUGCUCCAUGUUGAAGCCCGGCAGCUCCGGCUCUUGCUGCUCCGCCUCCUCCAUCUUCAUUGGAGCCAUCUCCUCCUCCUCCUCAUCUUCCCCGGCAGCUCCUCCUCCUACUCCUCCGGCUCCCGUGAGUCCGGAGGCAGCCAGGUACGGGAGCUUGUCGGAGAUCUGGUUCGACGGCCACAAGGACAAGAACGCGACGAACAUGACGUACCACUUUCAUGAGUGGUUUCAGAUCGUGAGGCAGUUGCAGAGCUCUAGCAUCAUCUUCUCCGACGCCGGCCCCGACGUCCGGUGGGUCGGCAACGAGGACGGGUUCGUCGGAACCACGUGCUGGUCGACCGUCAACCGCUCCAUGAUAACGAUCGGGGCGACCGGCAUCGAGAACUAUCUGAACAACGGCGACCCGUGGGGGACGGAGUGGGUGCCGCCGGAGUGCGACGUGACGAUCCGUCCUGGCUGGUUCUGGCACAAGAACGAGACGGCCAAGACGCUGAGCCAGCUGCUCGAUAUAUACUACACCUCGAUGUUCACCCUCAAAAAAUAUCUCAAAGAUGUCUUGGGUGUUCGGGUGCUCCCCCUGAAUCUCUCCAAAGGAGAUGUGAGCAUAACGCUCACCAGCCACCAAAGGAUGUGUGCAUGGCAAAUAACGGGACAGUCGGUGGUUCAUAUUGCUGAUUGUCCACGGAUGUACUCCAUAAGUCCAUAUAGCAUGCGAAGAUUGUCAAAAGCAGCCGCCGCCUCCUCCGGCAAGAAGGAGAAGAAGGAGAAGAAGGACAAGAAGCGGAAGACCAAGGAGCCGGCCUCCUCCGACGAGGAGGGCCGGAGCAGCACCAGCUCCGACUCGGACCGGGCGCCCUCCGCCAAGAAGGCUAAGAAGGAGAAGAAGGACAAAAAGGCCAAGGCCGAGCCGGCCGAGGAGCCGGCCAACGACGACGGGGAGCUCACCGCCAGCGGCGAGGAGGAGGAGCCCGCCGACCCCAACGCGCUCGCCAACUUCCGGAUUUCCGACAAGCUCAAGGACAAGCUCAAGUCCAAGGGCAUCAACGCGCUCUUCCCCAUCCAGGCCACCACCUUCGCCCUCGUCCUCGAUGGCAACGACCUCGUCGGCCGCGCGCGCACCGGACAGGGCAAAACGCUGGCUUUUGUUCUACCCAUAUUGGAAUCAUUGGUUAAUGGGCCACACAAGGCAACGAGAAGGACUGAUUACGGAAGGCCUCCAAGUGUUUUGGUUCUGCUACCAACCAGAGAGCUGGCCAAUCAGGUGCAUGCAGACUUCGAGUUUUAUGGUGGAACGUUUGGGCUUUCUACAUGCUGUGCUUAUGGAGGUUCCCCCUACCGUCCUCAAGAGAAUGCACUGAGACAGGGGGUCGACAUUGUUGUUGGGACUCCUGGCCGUGUCAAGGAUCUUAUUGAAAAGCAAAAACUAAACUUGAGGUGCUUGAAAUUCCGUGUCCUUGAUGAGGCUGAUGAAAUGCUUAACAUGGGGUUUAAGGACGAUGUCGAGCUUAUUCUUGGCAAGGUUGAAGAUGUUACAAAAGUACAGACACUUCUUUUCAGUGCUACUCUACCGGAGUGGGUAAAAAAGCUCUCAAUGAGCUUUCUGAAAGCUGACAGGAAGACAGUUGAUCUUGUUGGCAACGAGAAAAUGAAAGCUAGUGCGUCUGUUAAGCAUCUUGCUCUUCCUUGCAACAAGGCUGCAAGGUCACAGAUUAUUCCAGACAUCAUAAAAUGCUACAGCCAUGGAGGGCGGACCAUUAUUUUCACCGAGACAAAAGAAUCUGCAUCUGAGCUCUCUAGUUUGAUUCCUGGAUCCCGUGCCCUGCAUGGAGAUAUCGCACAAGCUCAACGUGAGGUCGUCAUUGCUGGAUUUAGGAGUGGGAAGUUCCUCGUUUUAGUUGCUACAAAUGUGGCAGCAAGAGGCCUUGACAUUAAUGAUGUGCAGCUUAUCAUUCAGUGUGAACCUCCACGCGAUGUUGAAGCCUACAUACAUCGGUCAGGUCGGACAGGGAGGGCUGGCAAUACUGGCAUUGCAGUCAUGCUUUUUGAGCCCAGAUAUAAAUUCGGUGUGACCAGAAUAGAGAGGGAAUCUGGGGUGAAGUUUGAACAUAUAUCUGCACCGCAGCCUACUGACGUGGCACAAUCUGCUGGCAAUGAAGCAGCAGAGGCCAUUGCAAGUGUGUCUGACAGUGUUAUUCCUGUUUUCCGGCAACAAGCAGAGGAGCUGCUAAGCAACUCCAGCAUGUCUGCAGUGGAUCUACUAGCCAAAGCACUUGCAAAGGCAGUAGGCUACACUGACAUAAAGAAGAGAUCUUUGCUUUCAUCUAUGGAGAACCAUACUACACUACACCUUCAAACUGGCCGACCGUUGUACACACCAUCGUUUGUUAUUAGUACAUUGAAAAGGUUCAUGCCAGAAGAUAGACUCUCAAGUUUACAUGGUAUAACCCUGACCACUGAUGGGACAAGUGCUGUAUUUGAUGUUCCUUCAGCAGAGGUUCAAGACUACAUUCAAGGCGCGGAGAACGUGGCCGGGGUGACAAUUGAUGAAGUGAAGCAACUGCCAGCCUUGCAAGAGAGGGAGCAGUCAAAGGGUAACUUCGGCGGGUCGAGGUUUGGCGGCCGUGGAGGCGGUGGAAGGAGGUUCGGUGGUGGCGGAGGUGGACGAUUCGGUGGUGGCGGAAGAGGCAGGGGAGGCGGCGGUGGCAGGUUUAACAGGAGGUGA